AUGUCUACAUCAGAAACAUCUACAUCGCCUGUACAGCAAAAUCCGCCCACCACCGUCCGACCUCCCCAAGUAGACAUCGACGCGAUCCAAUCUUCCCUCUCGGCACGAAGCAAGAGGCGUCUUUCCCUCCGAACGAUACUGAGCUCUUAUAAAUCGCAGAACAACCUCAAAGGAAAGGCUAAAGCGGACAAUGAUCAAGCUAUAGCAGAAGAUGAUGAAGAAGUAGAAGAGGAGGAGCAAGUUUUUCAAGUUGAUACGAGUGAGAAUGAGACAUAUGAGAAAUCGAAAGGUGAUCCAAUACAGAUAAACAAGGGCCAGAAAGAGAAUGUAAAUGUUGAGGAAGAAUGUAAAGUCGAGUUUGAAAAGGAAUAUGUAUGGGAUGUGCUAUUCGAGAACCAACGGGGAAUAUACAUCCUAGGAAAAGGUUAUUUCUCUUCCCGAAGUUUACUCCCCGCCGACCCCUCAGCAUUCACCCGACCGUCCAACCAUAUCCCCUCAGCUUCAAGCCUGAGCAUGAAAAUGAGCAUGGGCAAGAAGCGGUCAAACCGACAGCUCGACCCAGGAACCUCUGGUUCACCUUCCUAUACCUCUCAGCAUUCAGACGGACGUCAGCCGGGCAAACUCACACGAUCAAAUAAAACGUCUUACACACUCGAGAGCUAUCAACCGCCUUUACCAGAUUGGCAAUACCUCACACCGUGGAUGAUCAACAUGCGCACGGGCACAGACGAGUUGGGAUGGAGGUAUAAUGCAUGGUUCAGACCGAAAGGGUGGUCUAGCCAUUCUGGACCGUUGGGUUGGGGUGGGUGGGUAAGGAGAAGAGAAUGGAUUAGACUUAGAGCUGUUGGCGUCACUGAAACCAAAUUGGUCGAUAUGCAAGGAAGAGAAAAAAUAGAGAAGAAGGGUGAUAAACUCAAGGAUGUCUUGAAUAGUGAAAAGGUGGAUGGGAACGUUCAGGGGAUAUUGGUCGUGAUGGGGAAGAUGGGUCUGGAUAGACAACGAUUAACGCUCUGGAGAAAAUGGCUAGAAAAAGAAAAGAAGGAGAGCGAAUGUUGGAAAAGGUUGGAGGUACUCUGUGGGGAUGAACAAGCUGUGAGUUAA